CUUCGACCAUUUCCAGAGUCCAGUCCUGUUUGGAAAAUCAACGUUUUCUGAACACCUGUUGAUUAAAUUACAAACAUUUGUCAAGAUUACGACAUGAGAGCCGUUCUGACGUGGAAAGAAACCAUCCGUGACCAGUGUGUUUAUGACCUUGCCUUGAAGCCAGAUGGCAGCCAACUGAUUAUUGCUGCAGGGCUGCGUGUCCUCGUUUACGAUGCUGCAGACGGCUCCAUUAUCCAGCCUUUAAAAGGACACAAAGACAUUGUUUACUGUGUGGCCUACGCAAAAGACGGUAAAAGGUUUGCCUCUGGGUCAGCUGACAAAAGCAUCAUUAUCUGGACCUCCAAACUGGAAGGAAUCCUGAAAUACACACACAAUGACUCUAUCCAGUGUGUUGCCUAUAACCCCGUCACUCACCAGCUGGCCUCCUGCUCCUCUGGUGACUUUGGUUUGUGGUCACCAGAGCAGAAAUCUGUGAACAAACAUAAAGUCAGCAGCAAAAUCACAUGUUGUGGGUGGACCAAUGACGGCCAGUACCUGGCUCUUGGUAUGAUGAACGGAGUUGUGAGCAUACGGAACAAGAACGGAGAAGAGAAGGUCAAGAUAGAGCGACCAGGAGGCUCCUCCUCCCCUAUCUGGUCCAUAGCCUGGAAUCCUUCUAAGGACGAGCACAAUGACAUCUUAGCUGUGGCCGACUGGGGUCAGAAACUCUCCUUCUAUCAGCUGAGUGGGAAACAGAUUGGUAAAGACCGGAGUCUGACCUACGACCCCUGCUGUGUCAGUUACUUUUCCAAGGGUGAAUAUAUAGUGAUGGGGGGGUCGGACAGACAGGCGUCCCUCUACACCAAGGAUGGCGUGCGCCUCGCUACCAUCGGAGAGCAGAACGCCUGGGUGUGGACGUGUCAGGUCAAACCUGACUCCAACUUUGUGGUGCUGGGCUGCCAGGACGGGACCAUCGCCUGCUACCAGCUGAUCUUCAGCACAGUCCACGGUCUGUACAAGGACCGCUACGCCUACAGAGACAGCAUGACCGACGUCAUCGUCCAACAUCUCAUCACUGAACAGAAAGUGAGGAUCAAAUGUCGAGAACUGGUCAAGAAGAUCGCCAUCUACAGGAACCGUCUGGCCAUCCAGCUGCCUGAGAAGAUCCUCAUCUACGAGCUCUACUCCGACGACUCCUCAGACAUGCACUAUCGGAUCAAGGAGAAGAUCUGCAGGAAGUUUGAAUGCAACCUGCUGGUGGUCUGCUCCCUGCACCUCAUCCUGUGUCAGGAGAAGCGUCUCCAGUGUCUGUCCUUCACCAGCGUCAGGGAGAAGGAGUGGGUGAUGGAGUCUCUGAUCCGCUACAUCAAGGUCAUCGGUGGGCCGCCAGGAAGAGAGGGUCUGCUGGUGGGCUUGAAGAACGGAGCUAUCCUGAAGAUCUUUGUCGACAACCCGUUUCCCAUCACACUGCUGAAGCUGUCGACCUCAGUACGCUGUCUGGACAUGAGCGCCUCCCGCAGUAAACUGGCGGUAGUGGACGAGCACAACACUCUGUUGGUCUACGACAUCAACAGUAAAGAGCUGCUGUUCCAGGAGCCUAAUGCUAACAGCGUAGCCUGGAACACACAGUGCGAGGACAUGCUGUGCUUCUCUGGUAACGGUUACCUCAACAUCAAGGCCAGCAACUUCCCAGUGCACCAGCAGAAGAUGCAGGGCUUCAUGGUGGGCUACAACGGCUCCAAGAUCUUCUGUCUCUACGUCUACUCCAUGUCGGCCGUGGAGGUUCCUCAGUCGGCACCGAUGUACCAGUACCUGGAGAGGAAGAUGUUCAAGGAGGCCUAUCAGAUCGCCUGCCUUGGAGUGACAGACGGUGACUGGAGGAACCUGGCCACGGAAGCCCUGGAAGGACUGGACUUUGACACAGCAAAGAAGGCCUUCAUUAGAAUCAGAGACCUGCGAUACCUGGAGCUCAUCAACAGCAUCGAGGAGAGGAAGAAACGAGGUGAGAGCGACAACGACCUCUUCCUGGCGGACGUCUGUGCCUACCAGGGCAAAUUCCACGAGGCGGCCAAACUCUACAAACGCAGCGGCCACGAGUCCCGGGCCUUGAGCAUGUACACGGACCUGAGGAUGUUUGACUUUGCUAAGGAGUUUGUCGGAGCGACGGACCCGAAGAGUUCUCGGAUUCUGAUGAGUAAGCAGGCGGACUGGGCUAAGAGCAGCAGAGAGCCGCGGGCGGCCGCGGAGAUGUACCUGUCAGCUGGAGAACACCUCCAAGCUAUAGACAUCAUCGGAGAGCACGGCUGGGCCGACAUGCUGAUUGACAUCGCUCGUAAACUGGACAAGGCCGAACGUGAGCCGCUGGGAAAGUGUGCGCUGUAUUUCAAGAAGCUGAAGCAGCACGGCUACGCCUCGGAGACCUACUCCAAGAUGGGGGACCUGCAAGCCCUGCUGCAGCUGCAUGUGGAAACACGGCACUGGGAGGAGGCCUUCUCCCUGGUGGACAAACACCCUCAGUACAGGAACCAGGUCUUCGUUCCUUACGCUCAGUGGUUGGCUGAGAACGACCGCUUCGAGGAGGCACAGAAAGCGUUUCACAGGGCGGGGCAACAGAGUGAAGCCGUCAAGUUCCUGGAGCAGCUUACCCACAAUGCAGUAGUGGAGAACAGGUUCAAUGAUGCAGGAUACUAUUAUUGGAUGUUGUCUAUGCAGUGUCUGGACAUCGCAAGAGAGAGUGAGGAGCAGAGGGGGGAGAUGCUGAAGAAGUUUGAACAUUUCCAGCACCUGGCAGAACUCUACCACGUCUACCGCUCCAUCCAGCGCUACACGGUGAGAGACACUCUUCAUCUUCAUCUUCAUCUUCAUCAAUGAUGCCGUUUCCUUCACCUCCUCUUCAGUAACACGCUCUACGCUCUGGCCAAGCAGAGCCACAAGUUGGGGGCCUACAAACUGGGCCGCUACUCCUACGAGAAACUCCAGGAGCUGCACGUCCCCUCCCGCUUCCAGGAGUCCAUCGAACUGGGCAGCCUGACCAUCCGCUCCACGCCGUUCCACGACAGUGAGGUGAGGGUCAGAGGUCAGCUGUGUGUGUGUGUGUGUACUCACUCACCCCAGGAUCUGAGCGGGGCCAGGGGCAGUGUGUGCAUCAACUGCAGACAGCCCUUCAUCUACUCGGCGUCUUCCUACGAGGUCCUGCCGUUGGUGCAGUUCUACCUGGAGGAGGGCGUCAGUGACGAGGAGGCCGUGUCACUCAUCGACCUGGAGGUUCCUCACGUGGACGACCCGGACUCGCACCCGCAGCUCACGGACAACGGUGAGCUGCAGACCUGGAGGGUGGACGGCGAGGGGGGGGCGGACGAAGACCCCUUCACAGCCAAGAUGAGCUUCGAGCAGGGGGGGUCCAGCUUUGUCCCCGUCAAGGUGAGUCGCUCCGCGCUUCGCUCCAUGAGCAGGAGGGACGUCCUGAUCAAACGCUGGCCCAGACCCCUCCACUGGGAGUACUUCCGCUCCCUGCUGCCUGACGUCAGCAUCACCAUGUGUCCCACCUGCUUCAAGAUGUUCCACAGUGAGGACUACGAACUCCUGGUGCUGCAGCACAACUGCUGUCCUUACUGCCGCAGAGCCAUCGAUGAACCCAACUGACCCGCGGUCCACGCAGGACCCGCAGCUGGGACCAGUCUAAUACCUGGAGCGUCCGUGUUCUCCGUCAGCCCAUCAGUCCAGUCCUGGAUUAUGGGAAUCAGAUUGAAGCCGAUGACAUCAUCACCUGAGAAGGAGGAUUGUUGUACAGUGUAAAGUAAAAGAUAUUUAUUUUUUAACACUCGGUGUCGACACAGUCGUGGACUGAAAGUUUACCUGCAUUUUUAACAUUAAACAAUAUUUAUAUGUUGCUAUUAGGUCUGUGUGGAAACAGUUACAGAAACUGCAGCACAUCAAAGAUUAUUGAUCAAAGUGACGAGGGACUAGAACUGAAAUAUAGAAAUCUGUGUGUGUCCAUAUAUGUAUAUAACCCAUACAUAUAUAUAACCUAUACAUAUAUAUAACCCAUACAUAUAUGGACAUACACAUAUAUGGACAUGCACAUA